CCUGGCCCAUCCUCUAUGGCCAGCUCUUUCUCAUGGGCCUCAAGAGGUCCCCCUUAUAACCCUGAUCCUGGGUCUCAUCUAGAAAUUUCCAAGCGAGAAGAGGUGGAGGCAGUGACGAUCGUGGAGACCCCACCUGUGGUGGUGGUGGGCGUGGUGGGUUAUGUGGCCACCCCUCGAGGCCUGAGGAGUUUCAAGACCAUCUUUGCGGAACACCUUAGUGAUGAGUGCCGCCGUCGCUUCUACAAGGACUGGCACAAGAGCAAGAAGAAAGCCUUCACCAAGGCCUGCAAGAGGUGGCGGGAUGCCGAUGGCAAAAAGCAGCUCCAGAAGGACUUUGCUGCCAUGAAGAAGUACUGCAAAGUCAUUCGGGUCAUUGUCCACACACAGAUGAAGCUGCUGCCCUUCCGGCAGAAGAAGGCCCAUAUUAUGGAGAUCCAACUAAAUGGUGGCACAGUGGCUGAGAAGGUGGCCUGGGCUCAGGCCCGGCUGGAGAAGCAGGUGCCUGUACAUAGUGUUUUCAGCCAGAGUGAGGUCAUUGAUGUCAUUGCUGUCACCAAGGGCCGGGGUGUCAAAGGGGUCACCAGCCGCUGGCAUACCAAGAAGCUGCCACGGAAGACCCAUAAGGGCCUGCGCAAGGUGGCCUGCAUUGGUGCCUGGCACCCUGCCCGUGUGGGCUGCUCCAUUGCUCGAGCUGGACAGAAGGGUUACCAUCACCGCACUGAGCUAAACAAGAAGAUCUACCGCAUUGGCCGGGGACUCCACAUGGAAGAUGGGAAGUUGGUCAAGAACAAUGCAUCCACCAGCUAUGAUGUGACUGACAAGUCCAUCACGCCAUUGGGCGGCUUCCCUCACUAUGGAGAAGUCAAUAACGACUACAUCAUGCUGAAAGGUUGCAUUGCAGGCACCAAGAAGCGGGUCAUCACGCUGAGGAAGUCCCUCCUGGUGCACCACAGCCGCCGAGCCUUGGAGAGCAUUGAGCUCAAGUUCAUCGACACCACGUCCAAGUUUGGCCACGGCCGCUUCCAGACAGCCCAAGAGAAAAGGGCCUUCAUGGGCCCCCAGAAGAAACAUCUCGAGAAGGAGAAGCCGGAGGCCUCAGGAGAUUUAUAGGGAGCUUGGGGACCUGAAGAUUGCACCCCGGCUCACCACGGGCCCGCCCUGUUCAAUAAAUGUUGGAGGCAACUCGG